AUGUCAGACGACAUGCUCGUUCAUUUUGCGUCGAAUUCUUCUAACCAAUCGGAUCAGUCUCUGCCUACAAAGAUUGCUAAGCUGGAAGCUCGAAUGGUGGGAAAAGCUUCCUCCACUGCUUCUCAGCAACCGGGUUGGCCUUCUGUUUCUUCUGCUGGGAAAUUUGGUGGUCCAGCUGAAGAAAUGGUGGAGCCUUCUUCUUCUUCAAGUGAUUCUGAUGAUGAUAAUGGUGGGGAGUUCUUGAUUCAAGCCAACACACGGAAGCGGCUAAAAGUUCAAGAAGAUGUUAACGAGGCUGUUACUGAUGGAAGACAAACUAAUUUGGAGGCUGUGGAGACAAAAAAUAAUGUUGAUGCAAAUAGAAAGAAAUCUGGCCGAGGAAGAGGGGGUUCUGGUUCAGGUAGGGGCCGUGGUUCCAAAUCUAAUGAUCAGACCAGAACACAAAAUUCUCUCCCGGCUUCAGAUGUAUCCCAUAAAGAUGGUAGACUCAAAGAUCAGCUUCACAGUGAUAAUAGUGCUUCAUUAAAGGAGGAGAUUGCAUCUUUACGUGCUAAAGUUGCUGUGUUGGAGGAAGACUUGCGUAAAGCGAAGCAAGAAACCUCUGAGCAUAAGAACCUUUGUCCACAGAUAGAAAAGGAACUGCGGGAACUCAAGGAUCUUGAACAGCAAAUGAAGCCUAAGAGAACAAAAAUAAUAUCUGAUUUGUUGAUAUCAGUUUCAAAAGCUGAGAGACAAGAAGCAAGGCUAAAAGUACGACAAGACUCACUGAGACUUGGAAAUGUUGGUGUAUCAAGAGCUGGAACUGUCUUAACUGAGACCUGGGAAGAUGGCCAGGAGUUAAAGGAUAUAUUUGCUCAGCUUAAACAACUAACGGAAAAAAGGGAGGCAAUUAUGCGGCAGCGCAAGUUAUUUAAGGAAAAACAAUCUGAUAAGGGCGAUGGAAUAAAUGCAGAGGCUGGAUUACUGGAAGAUGCUCUCAUUCAGGAUGAAAUAUAUAAGGCUCGACUAGCGAACAUUAAACGAGAAGAAGAAUCUAUCUUACGAGAGAAGGACCGCUACGACCUAGAGAAGGGAAGGUUAAUUCGUGAAAUGAAACGUAUACGGGAUGAAGAUGGUUCUCGGUUCAACAGCUUUCAAAUUCUAAACCAUCGUUAUGCUCUUUUAAACCUUCUUGGAAAGGGAGGUUUCAGCGAGGUGUACAAGCAGGCUUUUGACUUGGUGGAUCAUAGAUAUGUUGCUUGCAAGCUUCAUGGUUUAAAUGCUCAAUGGAGUGAAGAGAAGAAGCAAAGUUACAUAAGGCAUGCAAUUCGAGAGUAUAAUAUUCACAAGACCUUGGUUCAUCCUCACAUUGUUCGCCUAUGGGACAUCUUUGAGAUUGAUCAUAAUACAUUUUGCACUGUUCUCGAGUAUUGUAGUGGGAAAGAUCUUGACGCUGUUCUUAAAACAACAUCUUCAUUGCCCGAGAAGGAAGCUAGGGUCAUUUUAGUUCAGAUUUUCCAAGGCCUUAUAUACAUGAAUAAAAGAACACUGAAAAUUAUCCAUUAUGAUUUAAAGCCUGGAAAUGUUUUGUUUGAUGAGCUUGGUAGUGCCAAAGUGACUGACUUUGGUCUUAGCAAGAUUGUGGAGAAUGAUGUGGGAUCCCAGGGUAUGGAACUUACAUCCCAGGGGGCCGGGACAUAUUGGUAUUUGCCUCCUGAAUGCUUCGAGCUCAACAAGACACCUCUUAUAUCAUCCAAGGUUGAUGUAUGGUCUGCUGGUGUUUUGUUUUAUCAAAUGCUCUUUGGUAAACGUCCUUUCGGACAUGACCAAUCACAGGAGAAAAUACUUCGCGAAGACACAAUUAUUAAUGCUCGCAAGGUUGAAUUUCCCUCUAAACCUACUGUUUCUAGUGAGGCAAAGGAAUUCAUUCGGCGAUGUCUUACAUAUAAUCAGAGUGAUAGACCGGAUGUAUUAACUAUUGCUCAAGAUCCAUAUCUCACUUACUCAAAGAAACAGUGA